CGAUAUUUUGAUCCUUAGGAAUGGAACAUCGUAAAUUCAAAAAAUAAUGGAACUGAAGUGACCGGCGUUAUCGGCGAGAUUUGGAAUACAUUAUCAGAAUACUUGAAUUUCACAUUAAAACCGAUUAAAUCGGACGAGACGGCUCUAGGAACAAGGGAUGCCAAUAACACUUACAACUUCGGAUUGCUAAGUGUGAUAAAAAAAAAUGAAACGGACGUAUUACCGAGGGUUGAAAUCACUAGCAGCCUUCGAGCUCAAAUCAUGCAAAUCACCGUUCCGUUAUGGAAAAUUGGGCAAGUUGAAACGGUUCAAAAAUGAUUUCGUUCCAAAUAAUGUCAAUUACUUUUUAAGUUCGAUGAUACCAAAAAGAAAGCCGAGAUUACAUAUGCAAGCAAAAACUGAUAUGAAUGAAUUCUUGUUUGCAGUCAUAAAUUGUAUAUACAUCAAAAAGUGACACACGUGUAUAGUUGGAUGUUGAAUUUGUUCACCCCGAAGGUAUGGUACGCCGUUCUGAUAAUCUACAUCCUUUUCUGCGUGUGCAAUCAUUUAUCACAAAGAAUCAAUGUAAAAUUCUUACGGAAAAAGCCGAGAGUGAAGCUGCAGGACUCCUUCUUCUACAAUUUCGGCAUGAUUUGCGGUCAAAGCUAUCUACCAGGUGGUAUAUGCAGAAGCUCUAAAAUCGUUGAAUUAUGGUUAGGACUAUUUUCUUUGAUAAUUCGAACCGCUUUCGGCGCUCUUCUAAUAAGGUGUUUGACUCAGACCACUUUUACGAUCCCCUUCCAUGAUAUGAGGUCUUUGCUGGAGAAUAGUCAAUACAAUAUUCUUACUCUAAACGGUUCUCUACCGCAGCUGGCUAUGUCGGCAAAAGCACUACAUCUACUAAGUCUACUAUCGAUCGAAGACAUCCCGUACGAAAAAGUAGCGAAGCGACACGUUAUUAAAAGCUCGAUGGAAGAAAUGUAUAGAACAGUAUGCACAUCGGACAAUUACGCGAUUUUCAUGGCAGCAGACAUUAAACAAGCCAGAGGGGCUUAUUUCUGUCUAUUGAAUCCUAUGGGAACAAGUAUAAUGGAGAAUUGGAUUGUUUCUGGGAUUGCCAGGAAUUUUCGUUACAAAAGAACCAUCGACGUCGCGAUAAUAAAAUUCCACGAAGUAGGCUUCAUAAAUGCGCUGGUAAAACGUUUCAUAACUUUCGUGGACAGAAUUAAGGAACCGCCGAAUAUAAUCGAACCGAUAAACAUGGAACAAAUACAUUUGAUUCUACUCCUGCUUUCAAAUGGAUUCCUGUUAUCUUUCAUAGUUUUCUCGUUCGAAAUUAUCACGUUCUAUUGUAAAGUUCACUAACGUAUUGGUAUAAAAGGUUUUAAUAAACUGUACUGCGUCCAUAUAUUAGAUGUUCCGAAUCUAAGUCAAACGUACAAGUGAAUUUAUUAAUCAUCCUCGUGAAUU